AGCCAACUCUUCCAUUAUCUGCUCUUGCACUUCUUGUCGCAUUUGCGGUAUCAAAGAGGCGCAAAAACCAAAGAAAAUAUACCUGCAGCUCACACUGUUGCGCUUCUGUCUACUCAGAACGUUUCUACGUGUGCUUCGGUACCCUCGGCCUCUCCCACACGUACACAUCUGACUAGCGAGUUCACAGAAGCACGUUUUCACCCUGCAGUGCUUGCGACGACAAAGUAUCCUUCAGUUCGAACAACUUCUGUGCCUCUUCACUUGUGCAGACGCUGUCUAGUUGAGAAAUUAAGUGAAAGUAAGCUAUACGCUGAAGUUGGCGUCGUCUUCUUAAUAUCUCCCCCUUUUUUUCUUGCAUCAUUACAUCCACACCUUUUAUUCUUGUUCCAUUCUUUCCGAUUAGCUUUUCUCCUCCAGCAAGGGUCUCGCAGGGCCGCAAACGGUGGCGUUGGUUUGUUUCCAUUGUGCUUUCAUAAGAGGUCUCGCACAGGCGUAGCCGGGUAGCUGGCCGCAUUCCGUAGCGUUCACCGUUGCCCCUUAAUUUCGCCACGCACGAGACGACAAAGAAGGAAGCACCCACAAAAUCGCAUCAGAACAAGGCGACCUCAAAAUGACCCCCCUCGAUGCACUGGAGAAGGAGGUGGCAGACCUGAAAAACAUCCGCGUCUUCAAUGAAGCUGUUCGCAAAGGUGCUGAACAUGUUUUAGCGACUCUGCCGUCGCCGGACAAAGAGAAGGACCCCAACACGAAGGUGCGAAUUCUUUUACUGCGCAGCCGUGCGGCGCUCCUCCUGCCGCGCGUGUCGCGUGACGCGGAAAAAGAUUUAAAUGCGGCACUAAAGCUGCAGCAGGGCUCAGCGGACACGUGGGUGGAGCUGAGCGAAUGUUUGCUGCGCCGCAACGCUUUCAAGGAAGCGUGCGAUGCCCUCGACAGCGCCCUCCGCAUUGACCCGAAUCACACGGAGGCGCUCUGCAAGUACAGCCAAAUUCAACGCAACCGCUGCGGCGAGAGCGGGGUGACGCCGGAGCAGCGCAGGAUGUACCUCGACGAUGCCGUCGCGAAGGGCCGCGCCGCGGUUGCCUCAAACAUCGACGAUGCCGAUGCCUGGAACACCUUGGCGCUGUCGCUGCUGUCGAAGACCACCUUAGAAGGCAUGACGUUUGAGGGCGCCCGCAAGGCCCUGUCUGCUAUGUCGCAGGCGGAGAAGAAGGCCCCAGAGGACCCCGAUGUGCCCUACAACAAGGCGGUGCUGGAGAGCUUGCUUGGUCACUUCGGCACGUCCGCCAUGGACUACUGGAAGGCGCAUGAGCUGGACAAAGACCGCCUGCGAGGCUCGCGCCGUCUCUGCGAGGAGAACACGAAGGUGCUGCUGCGUGCGCUGAAUCGCAUGAAGGCAGUGAACGGCAUCGGCAAGCGCGAGUUCAAGAAGCUGUGCACACGGGUGGAGCAGGCGCACAAGCGAUACCCGGAGAACGCGUCGACCAAGGUGGUGGGUGUGGUGGACAUCAUCACGGAGCCGACGAUGCAACCUGUCACCUUGCUGGUGUCGGAUGAGCAGGGCAAGUUUGGUUUAGUGCUGAUGCACGAGGUGCGCCCCACCACCUUCAAGAUCGGUGAUGUGAUCGCCUACGCUGCCUCGACGCUGGUAGAGACGGUUACACAUCGCGUCACGGCGGGGCCGGCAGUUGAUGAGGGGCCCGUUGAACUCGCUAUUGAACACGCGUACCCCAAUGCGAAGGUGUUGCUCUUGAACGGCCAGCCGUUGCCGAGCUCUGCGCACGUGCCUCUCCAGAUGGCCUCGCGUCUCUUUGCGUAG